AUGGAUGCCUCUUGUUGUCUCUACACACAGAACGUGUCUUCGUAUGUCAACCAAACAGGCCUUUCGCGUAGCAAAAUCUAUGUGUUUUUACCUUUAAGCUCUUCAACCAAACUUACGUUGCUGAUAUUUUCUGUUACUGUGGGUAUAUUAGCGUUUUUCGGAAAUGUUCUCAUACUUUGUUUUGUUAAGUCGAACCAAAGUACAGCGUCCUUCCUUAAGUCUUUAUCUUUCCGGAAAAAUUUUGAUGUCUACAUCUCCAGCCUUGCUAUAUCUGAUUCACUUUGCGCGUUUAUAGUUCUUCCGCUUACUGGUUGUCAAUUAUUUAUGGAUGUUUUUGAACGAGGAUGGGGUUGCAAAAUCCUUCGCUACUUGGGUAUUUUCUUUCCUUCAAUUACCAUAAAUAAUCUGUUGAUUAUCAGCUUUGGAAAAUAUUUUUCAACACGUAAUAUACCUCGUACACUGAAACAUUCUACUGUUAAGAAAUUGCUUUACCUUACCUGGUUCUCAACAUCUUCAUUUUCUGCUUUAGCACCUGCUUCAUCGGCCAAAGGCUUAAGGUACGAUUUUAAUGCUACACAUUACACUGUAAGUUGCCACUUUGACAAUGAUGUGUUCAUUCAAAGCAAAGAAUAA